AACUGAACUGCAUGCAAUAUAUUUUCUUUGUGAGCAAAAUGAUUUUUUUUGGUUGACUUGAGCGUCGAUUUGAUAUGUUUUAUAAAAUAAUUAUAGAAUUUAAACAUUAAUUUACUAAUGAGCCAGGCUACCCCGAUUUUGAGUUUAUCUGCCAAUAAUUAAUUCUCUCAUCUCAUCCGUCAGCGUCAGCCGGGCCGCCCGUUUCCGUUGCCAUCAAAAUUUGUGGUUAGUUAGUUAAUUAAUUGUUAAUUAAUUAAUUACUCUGUGUCGCAGUGGAUUGUUGGUCGGUGGCAGAAGGCAGACCCACCACAAGGCUAAUUUGCCAUCGGGAAGGGUAGAUAAGGACAUUGCAAUGGCGUCGUCAGAAGGACAAAGGCGACCUGGAUUCCAGACGGGUCAAGGUUAUUAUCAACCAGGUCCAAAUACUGGCCGUGCGGCCGCAGCCGGGGGCGCAACCGGGGCGCAGGGCAUGAAUCAUGGGGAGACUUCUUCUUGCUGUAAAAAUUGUACCAAACCUGUAGAAAAGUUUGACAAGUGUGUAUUGAUAAGGGAAGACCCUAUUGGACAACCUGGAGCGUUUGGAUGUGUGAUUAAAGCGAUUUUGAAUGUGAAUAACCCCAAAAUUGGGGGGCCCGUGGUGGUAAAAAUGUUCCACGCCCCCAUUGGCAAAAAUCGAUAUUCAGUAUUUCAGGACAUGUUCAAUCUCCAACAUCGCAAUCUGAUCAAGUUUCUCGGAAUUGUUGAUAACGACCCGAAUGACUGUCCCCAGCUCAUUUUUAAAUGUGCUAGUGCUGGAAAUCUUUUGGAUUUCGUGAAAAGAGAUCUGAGCACUCCUUUAGACGCUGAAGGUCAGCUAUACAAUUUGGCUUUGGACGUCGUCAACGGGAUGGAAUAUCUGCACUCAAUGGAUUUUAUUCACGGCUGCCUUUCCGCGAGAAACGUUCUGUUGCACGAAUUUGGAAAAUCUGGACAAAUACAUGCUCAAAUUUCCGAUUAUGGAAUGACCAGAGUAACGGCAGGAAAUGGUGUUAACUAUUUCAACUACAUGACUGGCAAAUCAAUGCCAAUUCGAUGGCUGGCGAAGGAAUGCAUUCCAGUGGAUAAAAACCCGGGAGAGAUUACCAAACCUUCGGAUGCAUGGAGUUUUGCAGUUGUACUGUGGGAAAUGCUGACUCGUGGGGAUACUCCGUACGGAAGUUAUGGCACAGUUUCCAAUUUGGAAGUGAAACAACACAUCUUAAACGGCAGCAGUCCUUUGGCCUUCCAACGCCCCGAUAAUUGCCCAGCUUUUCUCCUACGGGUCAUGAAAAGCUUGUUCGUCGUAGAUCCUGAACAACGACCCACAUUUGAAGUUUUAAAGAAGAGAUUUGAAGAUGAAAUUCAAUUUGAAUCUAAGAUACCCGAACCAUCAACGAGAUUCCGGGGAUCUUCAACCAAUUCGAGGAAUUAUAACCGUGAUAACUCUUCAUCGUCAGGACGAAACCAUUCAAAUCGUGGAUUCCGUGGUGCUCGUGGAGGAAUACCGAGAGGAAGAGGAGGCCGAGGAUCGCAAUCUGGAAUUCCUUCCAACAAUGGAGACGUUGUUAAUUUUGGCGACCAUGUCCCGAACCCCAAUCUGAGAAAUUUUGCAGAAUUUCAUGCAGAAGUCAUGCAGAGAAUGAGAGAACGCGAGGCCCGAGAAAGUAAUUCUCACCAGGGAGAGGAAUCUGCGAGAGGGAAUCGGGGCUCAAGAGGAAAUAGGGGAAGGUCUCGGCUUCCUCAGGGUCAGAGUCGUAAUGAUGGCAAGCAUUCAAACAAUUCUGACGCCAGUCAGAAUCAGAAUAAACUGAAAGUCGUUCCUGCUCCAGGUCAUCGAGGCGGUCGUAACCGUAGCCCUCGACCUCGACCUGCAGAUGUUGCACCACCUCCAAACUACCAAAAUAUUCAGGAAACAAAUCCACCCCCAUACUCCGAAAUUGAUACUACUACUCCCCGUCGCAAUCAAGUCGUCCGAAACGAAGAGGACAAUACAUCUGCAAAUAAACCAGCAGAAUUACUAGACCCUCACGACGUUGAAUUUCUAAAAAUCCACCAGCAGAUGAAGUUUCUCGAAAAACAUUACGAAAAGAAAAAACGCGACUUUGAAGAGUUGGAGAAAAAGCGAGCAGCAAAACUUGCAGAACAAAGGGAACAAUCAGAACAAGCAAAUAAGCAGGCAGCAUUAGAAGAAAAGAGAAAGCUUGCUGCCGAAAUGGUGCGACAAAAUUUGCAGAAGCAGAGAGACGCAGAACUGAAAGAGGCCGAACGCCGAACGAAGCUGAUGCAAUCGGAACACCAAGAAAUGCAAGCACAAGAAGACGGACGAAGACAGGAAGUAAAAUCCUACUACCAAUUUGACCCUUCUAAGUCCACUGAAUUUAUGCUUCUCGUAGAAGCCCAAAGAAAAGAAUAUAAUGAAAUUAAGCAGAAAGAAGCUAAAGAGAAGGAAGAAACCCUUCGACAGCAAGCCUUGGAUGAGAAUGAAGCUCAUAAGAAAGAAGAAGUUCGGAAACAAAAAGAAGCUAAAGAAAAAGAAGACGAAGAAACGCGUCGCCAACAGCAGGCCUUCGAAGACGAAGAGAUUGCUCGCCUUGCUGCACUCCGAAGAGAGAAAAAUAUUCGCGUUCUUGAAGAAAACAGGCGAAAACAAGCCGAGCUUAAAGAUGAGGUUGAAGCUCGUCGCCUUCAGGAUGAACUGGACAGAAAAAUAGCUCAGGAAAAACGGGAUGCCGAGCACGCUCGACAAAUGCACGAGCAGGAACUCCUCGAGUGGGAGGAGAAACAAGAACAAGAAAAACAAAGAGCAAUUGAAGCUAAUGAACGAAGAAAGAAGGCAGAGUUGGAGGAACGACGAAGGGAACAUGCCUUAUUUCAGGAGCAGCAGCGCAACAAUGUGGCGCAGGCGCAAGCUUACGGGCAGCCCCGAGACUUUUUACAGACCGGAAGAGCUAAUCCUAUAACGCGAAGCAGACUCUCCGAUCCACAGGCGCAAGCUUACGGUCAGAAUCGAGACCCGGUUUUCCAUCCUCAACCAAGGACCACCGACCCGAUUCCGAUCCCACCGAAUCGCAAUGACGCCAACAAUGGUCGAGGAGGACAACCUCAAAAUCCGAAGCCAAAAGAGAGUUGUUCGAUUAUGUAAGCAGCUUUUUGGAAUGAUAUUACUUUAAAAUUCUUAUUUCCGCUGAUGGAUACUUAUUUAUUUAUUACGUAUGUAAAGCUGUUUCUCAUUUUCAUAUUUUUGUGUACACGCUUCUCGUUGCACGUACUUAAUAUCUCAUUUUUUUCAUUAAUUGGCUAUAUUGAUUUAAAUAUUUUGUUCAAAAUAGUAAAUUUUCCAAUAUGUAUUUAUAAUGUACGAUCUCCACAUCAUUUAAAUCAAUAAAUGGUUGAGAAUACUGAAUUUGA